AUGGCUCACCCCAAAGACCUAACGGACGCCGACAUGUCCAUCACCAAUGACUGGCCCCAAGCCAUUAGUGUGAUAGUUGGCAACAACGACAACAUGGAUGACACGUUUCCAAGCCCUGCCAAUAUUGCUUCAGGCUCCAUCGCCACAGGGUACGUGUCGGCUUCAUCCUUUCCUGGGCAGUCGUCCUUCGCCGUCACCUUCUCCGCGGGUGACAAGAUGACGGUUGACAUUGGCACUGGUUUCUACAAUACGGGCACCAAGCCCGAGAGUUUCCCGGACGGAAAGGCCGGGGCCAUCUUAGCUCCCGGCACGCCAUUUAGCACUGGGGUCGACUUCAACUUCCAGUUCUUUGAUGGGCCUGGCAUCCUGCCGGCCUUGAUCAACAGCGCAAUCCAGGCCAACCUUCCGGCUCUCGUUGCUUUCAUUGAUGCCCACGGCCUCAUCAUCAAAAUAUCGGAUACGAAUGUCCUCAAAAUCACGCAGCUUCAGAUCGACCCAUCAGCGGUCGUGUGCACCUACGCUGCUGGUCUUUCCGUGCCAAACUCGAGCAUCUGGAAUGUAAAUGCUAUUUUCAACAUAGCUAAAGGGACUAUCGUCGGCUCCGAGACUAUUACCAACGAGACUGGAAACAUCAACCUUUCCGUGAGCGACUGCUUCAUCUACCUCCAGGCCCAAGUCGACACAAGCCUCCAAACCGACCCCAAGGUGACGGCCCUCCAGUGCUCAUUUGGCGAUUUCAGCCUGAGCGGAACCAUCAUCACGGUUCUGGAGGCAUUGUUCCCCCUCUUCGCCGAGUUGAUUAAACUGGGAUUGACGCCGUAUCGUGCCGGCGGGGCUAUCAACACAGAUUUCAAUGCUACCAUCAUCUCCGCCAUCAACUCUGCCAUCUCCGCAGCGUUCCAUUCAACCAAGUCAAGCGACGGGCUGCUCGAGGGACCUGCCAACUCCCUUGGCCUCGAUAAGUCCAUUAUUCGUCCCGCCACAUUGUCUCGAUCGCCUAAGAACAUCGACCUAGCCAAAUGGAUGUCGGCACCUCAGAUCCAGGCCCUGCCACUCGGACAGCUGAAGCUUCCCGGCACGCACGAUAGCGCCACGUACGGGCUCACAGACGUUCUGAGUCAGAUUUCUUACGACGAUAUUGCGCUGCUCUGGGCCCUUAGCAAUCAGUCGGCGCCUGCCAAUGGCAACCCGCCCAUCCCCGCCAAGCCCUCGCCCGAUGACCCCAUCUACCUAGGCCCCGAACUGUACGACUUCGUCAUAGGCACGGCCGUCAACUCGGUCUCGCGCACACAGGACAUGAACAUCCUCCAGCAGCUACAGUCAGGUAUCCGCUACUUCGACUUCCGCGUCUACUUUGACUCGCGCGACAACACCUUCUACACGCAACACGCCUUGCGUGGGCCCGCCUUCUCCGACAUCCUCUCCCAAAUCCAGACCUUUAUCACCGCCAAUCCGUCGUCUGGCGAGCUGAUUUUCGCAUACAUCUCGCACACCAAUCUUAAGGGCUACCCAGAGCAGGUCCCCGCCCUCGCCAAGCUCGUCAACUCGUACAUCGCCCCGGGGAACAUCUACUUCCAGCCCACGCCCGCAGGGGGGUCCUCUUUUGAUUUCCAGUCCCUCGCUGGUACCACCGUCCGCGCCAUCACGGCUGGCGCGCCAAAGGUCAUGUUCCUCAACGGCGACUACGCCCAGUUCACCUUUGCCGAUACCAUCACCAACACGGGCGGGUACGCUUCGCUAGAGUCUAAGAACGAGCGCUACACUGUCAGUGAGAUGGCCUCGCAAGAAGGUCAGGCCCUCCAGGCCAACACCCUGCCGCUCUGGCAAGUGAGUUGGUCGCUGGGCGCCGACACGGCGACCAUCGUCCAGAAUAUCCUGGUGCUGCUGACGGGUGUAAAUCAGUGGUGCCUGCAGGACAUUGCGACUGGGGCGAACGCAGCGCUGGCCGGGUUCCUCGGCCAGUACGGUGGCGCGAGUGGCAAGUUCAACCUUGUUACCGUCGAUUGGUUGGAGCUUGGCGGAACGACGAGCGUGCCCGAGCUGAUUGUUGGCAUGAAUUAG